AUGCAAGCCGCUUUGACGCCGCGCUUGCAGGAUGCAGACCCAGCUGUGCGCAAGGCGGCGCUGAGGUGCUUGCAGGGGUUGGAAUCCCAGGCAGGCUCCCGCUGCCGGGCAGCCAUGGGCAAGGCUUUGCUGGACAAAGAUCGGGAAGUACGGGAUGCAGCCUGGGUAAUGUUGCCAACGCUGGAUGUGGAAUCCUGUGCUUCAAUCCUGGUGAGCCUGUCCAGUUCCCGGCUGGAUGACUUCACACAGAAGCGCUUGCUCAAGACACUCCGCUCGCUGCUGGUGCCAGUCCCGCGCCACAUCAAGGCGGUAUCCUGUGCACUGUCCGGGGCCAGCUGGUGGCUGCGCUUGGCCGUGUCCGACAUGUUCUACGCCUACCUGGGCGUGGACGAUCCCGAGGUGCGGCAGAGUGCAAUCGCUGCCGUGAACUCUUUGGCAGAGAAGACGGACAAUAAGGCCGCCGGGGCUUUGGCCGCGCUGCUGGAGGAUGGGGACGCAUCGGUGGCCUCGGCCACGUGGACAGCGGUGCGGCCGCGGCUGACGGACUCGAACCCCGACGUGCAGCGCGUGUGGCUGGAGGACAUCCGCUGCAAGAGCCUCAACCCGGCCGUGCGAAGUGAGGUGAUUGUGGCCAUCCUUCCGAAGCUCGCCUCCACCAAGUGGCUGGUCCAGGUCGCCGCCGCGCGCGCGCUGCAGGUCGAGCAGCCAGAGGCAGCCGAGGUGAGGCAAGUGGUGUCUGCCUUCAAGAAGGACGAGGACUCCGAUGUACAGAGGGUUGCUGCGGAGGUUCUCGCCGCCUUGCCGACGGGAACUGAAUGCAGCUUGUGA